AUGACCGAGAUCCUGUCUCGCCGCCUUUUUUUUCUUUCUUUCCUUCCUUCGUCGUUACUUUUCACGUCCCUAGAGAGACGGCUACCCGAGAUUGACUUUUCUCUGAUGAGGGCGCGAUUGCGCGACGUUGCUUCUGCGCUGCACCGCUGCCCCGAGAAGACGGUUCCGAGCUCCAAUGACAGCACCCAGUACGGAUGCACGCGCCCUUGUGAUGAUGGCAAAGACGUUUGCUUCGCCACCACCCUGCAGAACAAAGGCCGGGGGAACAUGUACGCCAAUCUCCUUGGGUCCUCGUCCUCCUCCUCGCCAUCGUGGUAUGCACAUACACGCACCAAUGAUGCACGGCCUAAUGCGGGGGCUCGCGUGUAG